AUGGAGGAAAAUUAAAAUUUAGAAGAGAAUACAUAUUCAUAAGAAGAAGUAGAUCGUAUUACUUAAGAAUCUAUUGAAAGUGUUUUAAAAGAAGUAUAAUAUGAUGAGUCUAAAGUAUAAACAUAAAAUUUACUCUAAGGUAUAAGGUUGGAUUAAUGCAAUUUGUGAAAAAGUUACACAAUAAUUAAUUGAAUUGGGGAAACCAUAUAAGUACAUAUGAACUUUAAUAUUUAAGAUAUAUUGUUCACUGUAUGAUUAUGUAAAGAAAUGGAGCUGGAGCAUUUGUUACAACUUCGUAAUGGUGGGAUACUGUUGCUGAUGGAUAAAUUAUUAUAUCUUGGCCAAAAGAUAAAUAAGCAAAAUAAGAGCAAUAAAAAAAUACUCUCCAUUGCAUUUGUAGUGUAUUUGCAGUAAGCAUGAUUUGAAUUAUAAUUAUAAU